AUGAGCUCGGCGGCGUGCGCGCACGAGUCUGAUCCGACCCAUGUUCCCCCUUCCCCUUCCCCCCUUUCCCCUCCCCCCCCUCUCCCCACCUUCCCACGCACACCUCCGUCUGCCCUCCCUCACUCUCGCCUCCUCGUGCCGUCGUGUGUUCCCCGCGCCGCCUCCCAGUUCUCCCUCUCUUUUCUCCAGCAGCCUCUCCCGCUUAUCUCCAUUUCUGAUGCACCCAAAACCCAGACGGGGGGCGAGCAUGACGUGUCAGUAACGGACAGCCGGGGGGCGAGCGGCAGCCAUAGUGAAUGGAAGCAGGGAGACUGGUUGAACGACGGAGUGCAGAGCGGGGGGGGAGCUGGCCCCAUAGCGAAUGGCAGCAGGGGGUGGCUGGUGUCGAGUGUGACUGGCAGGGAGAGAGAGUGCGGGCGGGAGAUUGUCAACGUGCUCGAUGAGGCGAGGCGCACAGGAGGUGAGGUGGGGCGCACAGGAGGUGAGGUGGGGCGCACAGGAGGUGAGGUGAGGCGCACAGGAGGUGAGGUGGGGCGCACAGGAGGUGAGGUGAGGCGCACAGGAGGUGAGGUGGGGCGCACAGGAGGUGAGGUGGGGCGCACAGGAGGUGAGGUGAGGCGCACAAUAGGUGAGGUGGGGCGCACAGGAGGUGAGGUGAGGCGCACAGGAGGUGAGGUGAGGCGCACAGGAGGUGAGGUGGGGCGCACAGGAGGUGAGGUGGGGCGCACAGGAGGUGAGGUGGGGCGCACAGGAGGUGAGGUGAGGCGCACAAUAGCUCAUGGUGCUGUCACCCCUGAUGGUGCUGUCACCCCUGAUGGUGCUGUCUCCCCUGAUGGUGCUGUCACCCCUGAUGGUGCUGUCUCCCCUGAUGGUGCUGUCUCCCCUGAUGGUGCUGUCUCCCCUGAUGGUGCUGUCUCCCCUGAUGGUGCUGUCUCCCCUGAUGGUGCUGUCUCCCCUGAUGGUGCUGGCGGUGGGUAUGAGGUGCAGGGCGGUGGGUAUGAGGGGCAGGGCGGUGGGUAUGAGGUGCAGGGCGGUGGGUAUGAGGUGCAGGGCGGUGGAUAUGAGGUGCAGGGCGGCGGGUAUGAGGUGCAGGCCGGUGGAUAUGAGGUGCAGGGCGUGGGUCUCAACAAUGCGUACAACACCAUGAUGCUGCAAGCAGUCAAGACAACCUGUUUCAUCUCUAUCUUUGCCGACUUCAAGGCCCUCGCCAAGUACACAUCACAUCAUUUACCCCCCCUCCCAUUCCUCUCCCCUCCUCCCCAAACUCUCUCCCUCCGUCCCUCUCCCCCAGAGAAUCUGUUUCCCAGGUACACAAUGUUUACGUUACCAGUAUAUUACUCUUCCCACACCCUCACCUCCACCCCCUUCUCUCCCUCCUGCUCUCUCCCCCGGACCGUCUGUUUCAUCUCCAUCCUCACCGAUUUCAAGGCCCUUGCCAAGUACAACCUGCGCCAGUUGUGCCUCCCCCAGGAGGAAGCCAAACCCGGUGCUGCCAAUGCUGCUGGGGAGGCCACGCCUGCUGCUGCUGGAGAAGAAAAGCCCGAUGGGGGGUUAUGUUGGAGAUUGGAGGGGGAGAAAAGGGGGGGAGGAAGGGGGGGAGGAAGGGAGGGGGAGGAAGGGGGGGGAGGAAGGGGGGGGGAGGAAGGGGGGGGAGGAAGGGAGGGGGAGGAAGGGGGGGAGAGGAAGGGAGGGGGAGGAAGGGGGGGGGAGGAAGAGGGGGGGGAAAGGAAGGGGGGGGGGAGGAAGGGGGGGGAGGAAGGGGGGGGGGAGGAAGGGGGGGGAGGAAGGGGGGGGGAGGAAGGGGGGGGAGAAAGGGGGGGAAGAAACGGGGGGAGGAUGGUCUUGUAA